UAGGCGUUCGGAUUCUCCGAGCAAUGGCCGACUAACUAAGCAAAAUCCCCCACCGCUUCGUCAAAGGCUCAUCAAACUCCAUCCACGCGUCGCUUCUUUAUAUCCUCUCCGCACCACACAACAAAAACAAAAUUUCAUACGCCAUUCAGCGUCUCUCCCCCUCGUGUAUAUCACUCCGUCAGCGCGAAACGCACGAGGAAUCCGAAGAGUCGCGAGAAACGCCUGUCAAUCGUCAGCUUCUCCGCGCACCGAAACCCUAGGGCCCUCCUGCCAGCAAGCAUGCCUGCAGAAGAUCAGCAAGCUCGUCCCCUGAAGAUCCACUACCAACGGGGCGACGAGGAGUUCGCGCCGCCGGUGUUCAAGCCGAGGCCGUCCAAGCGCAGCAACAAGUGCCCCGUGUACGUCCUCGCGGCGGUCGUCGCCCUCAGCGCGGUCGCCCUGGUCUUUUCCCUGAUCGUGCUCCGCCCUAAUGACCCCGAGUUCGCCUUGAGCGAGGUGUCGGUCAAGUCCCUCAACUACACGAGCGAUUACCCCUCGACGUGGCUGGACGCGACGCUCGCUGCGCGCGCGACAAUCGGGAACACCAACUUCGGCUGGUUCGAGUUCGAGAAGAGCAAUCUGACCGUGACCUACAACGGGACCAUGGUCGGGGAGGAGGAGCUCGACGGCGGGACAGUCGGUUUGAAGGGGACGAAGUACAUGGACGUCACGGUCGGGGUCAGGUCGAGUAGGAUAAGCGAUCUGAGGAAUUUGAGCAGCGACAUGAGCGAUAACGUCCUGGAGCUGACGAGCUCCGCGCAGCUGAGGGGGAGGGUUCACCUCAUCAAGAUCGUCAAGAGGAGCUUGACGUCGGUGAUGAACUGCACCAUGAGCAUUGAUCUGUCGAACCGCAGAGUCCAGAAUUUGAUAUGCACGUAGAGACCUGAUUGUUCUUUAAAUUUUAGGUUUUCCCUUCUUGUUAUGGACAUCCGUCUUGAUGGUUUGUGUACUUUUCCGAAUCGAUUACUGAUCACGUAUAUAACCAUGAAAAGAGAGAAAUUUCUGCACAAAUCUUAUUGUUUUUGAUUUGUGUAAUUUGCAUAUAUUUCACUAGGGGUGCGCAUGGAAACUGCACCAUGAGCAUUGAUCUGUCAAACCGCAGUGUCCAGAA